UCAAAGAAUAAAGUGACAUGGUUUGGCGUGUGAAUACUGGUGUGACAUCCUGUUAUGCUCAGUGUCUUGAAUAUUCACACUCACGACCCAACCCAGGCUUCUCCGAACAAGGCACAAACUUAAAUUGUAAGUAUUAUGCACUAAAGACAAUGACGCUUUUUGUUAACUUUGUCUUUCUAGUUAGGAGCCUAUAGCAAAGAGUUACAGAGCUAAAUUCAACCCACAGGACAAAAAACACCAGAAUGAAAAGCUAGACAUGAUGUUGCAUGAUGGGCAAUACAGAUAGAAUUGUGUGUGCCUGUGUGGGGUUUGGAAGAAAUACAUCAGUAGCUGCGUCUGUUACAUGUUGGUCAUUUGCCUUAUAAGGACCCGUAAAAACCUUGUCGCAUCUAAACACAUUGUCUUAGCGUGUCAAAUAAAAAGAAAAAAAGAAUAAAAAGAAAAAAUUGGGAGCAACCAUUUUCACACACAACUGCCUUUCUGCAAAAAUACUGGAAUAUAUGUGUAAUAAAUGUGUCAGCUUCAAGUGGGAGUCUCGUCUGGGGGACUGUAGACUAGGGUCAAUGUAGACCGAGCAGGCAUGGAAGCCAAAGGUUUAGUUAGCAACUCAACAAUUUCCAUGUAGCUAACAGGCUAUUCUUAUAUCACCACAUACUUCCAACAACUAAUUCGGGAUCUAGUGAGAUUUAGUGAGAAAAGUGGACUUAGAAAAUGUAAAUGAGCACAGCUACCAGGUCCCUCCUUCUUCCUCCCUGCUGCUGCAGCCCUGCCUUCAAAGUCCCUCCCCACAGAGAAGCCUGCAGUGCAGGAGUUGGCUUGUAACCAUGCCAACAGAGGACGCUGUGUCCUAAAUCAUCCACUCAUUCCCUACUCCCUAGUCACUACAUAGUGAGUCCAACGUAAUGCACUAUAUAGUGAGCUCAACGGCAGAAAUAAAAACGCUCUUUCGGACACGACUCCGGCGCCUUUAAUGACGUCACUACUGUCGCUCCGUUGAAACGCUGUUUGAAACUUCCAUGCCCAUGAAUUCGGCCGAGCGGACCGUAACGUGGCUCAUAACGCUGGGAGUCCUCGAGUCGCCCAAGAAAAGCAUUUCGGAUCCGGAGGCUUUCCUCCAGACGUCUCUGCAGGAUGGAGCGGUGCUGUGCAGGUUGCUGCAGCGGCUCAGACCCGGGACCGUGGACAAAUUUUUCCAGGAACCGAAGGGCGACAGCGAGUGUCAGAGGAACAUUACCGAGUUCAUUAAAGGCUGCGGGGCUUUCGGUGUGGAGCCUUUUGAGGUCAAUGACCUCCGACAGGGACUGAACUUCUCCAAGGUCCUAAACUCCUUGGUCGCCCUUAAUAAAGCCACUGAAGAUUCAGGUGGUUCUGAGUACAGCGUGCGUGUGCCGCACUUGCCAACAUCGAGGAUUAAAUCAUUUGACUCCCUGAACACUCAGAGUCGCUCCUCCAAACUGCUGCCGCCUCAGUACCGCAGCCUGGACAUGUCGGAGGGCAGUGGGUGUGGCCACUUGCUGGUUAAAGCACGCUUUGCCUUUCAGCAGACCAAUGAGGACGAACUCUCGUUCUCCAAAGGCGACAUCAUUAGCGUGAGCCGGCAGGAGGAUGGAGGUUGGUGGGAAGGCUCACUCAAGGGCAAGAGUGGGUGGUUUCCCAGUAACUACGUCCGGGAGCUGAAAGGAAGUGACAAGACGUCAGACAAGCCAAAGUCUGGAACACUGAAAAGCCCCCCCAAAGGUUUUGACACCACUAUCAUCAGUAAGACCUACUACAAUGUGGUCCUACAAAACAUCUUGGAAGCAGAGAGUGAAUUUUCGAGGGAGCUACAGAGUCUCCUGGGCACUUACCUGCGCUCCCUUCACCCCACUGACAGACUCAGCAGCGUUGACAUCAGCCACAUUCAGGGAAAUCUGGAGGAGAUUUCAACCUUUCAGCAGAUGUUGGUUCAGUCCUUGGAGGAGCACACAAAACUCCCAGAGAGCCAGCAGAGGAUUGGGGGCUUCUACCAGAAUCUGAUGCCCCGGAUAAAGGUUCUCUAUGUGGCCUACUGCUCCAACCAUCCGUUUGCUGUCAACGUCCUCACCCAGCACAGUGAGGAACUGGAGAAGUACAUGGAGUCAAAGGGGGCGCCUCCUCCUGGGAUCCUGACUCUGACCACUAGUCUGAGUAAACCCUUCAUGAGACUGGAUAAAUUCCCAAUGCUGCUGAAAGAACUGGACAGGCACAUGGAGGACCAGCACCCUGACAGCGCUGAUCUUCAUGCUUGCAUAGUGGCGUUUAAAAGCUUUGCAGCUCAGUGUGAGGUGGUGAGGAAGAAGAAGGACCGGGAGUUGCAAAUUUUAACAGAGCCAAUCAGGAACUGGGAGGGGGACGACAUCAAGACUCUCGGACCCAUUCUUCACAUGUCCCAGGCCAUGGUCCACACACAGAGCUGUCAGGAUUUAAGUGAGCGUCAUCUCGUUCUCUUCCCUCACACCCUGGUCAUGCUCUCUGCCAGCCUUAGAAUGAGUGGAUUCAUCUAUGAGGGGAGGAUGCCAUUGUCUGGAAUGCUCAUCUCAAGAAUAGAAGGCGGAGAAAAGCUGAGGAACGCUUUUGAAAUAUCUGGCGGCCAGUGUGAGCGGAUGCAGGUGGCAUGUUACAGUCAGCAGGAUCUGCAGGACUGGCUGGAUCUUCUCACCAAACAAACACACACUCCAGCUGCCCAGGCACACUUGCACAAGCCUCAGUCCGUCUGCCACACAUUGCCCUCUCAUCCCGUCACUCCCUCCAGACACUCAGAGUCUUGUGGAGGGAGCACUGGACACACCUACCACACCCUUCCUUAUCCGUCUUCAUGUGGGACGGCCCACAGCAGCAGCCCGAUGUGGGGGCCACUUGAGCCUCCAAGCACCCCCCAACCCUGGAGCCUGAGCUGCCUCCGUCCUGCGCCUCCACUCCUGCCCUCAGCUGCUCUCUGCCAGAAGGAGGAUACGAGUAGUAAGAGUCCCAAGAACAUGAAGAAGCUGCUCCCUAAGAGGAAGCCGGAGAGGAAACCUUCAGAAGAGGACUUCACUGUCAGAAAAAGUACAGCAGCUCUGGAGGAGGACGCUCAGAUACUGAAAGUGAUCGAGGCCUACUGUACCAGUGCCAAGACACGACAAACUCUCAACUCCACCUGGCAAGGGACUGACCUCAUGCACAACCAUGUGCUUGGUGACAUCAGCCUCACAGUCACCGGCAUCCCCGGCAAUCCACAUUGUUCUGACCAGUCAGAGGACUCAGAUUAUGACAGUAUCUGGACAGCCACAAGUUACAGGACUGCCUCAUUGUCUCGUUCCAGCAGGAAGGAUGUGCACAUGUUGUUUCCAGAGGAGGAGAAGAUUAUCGUGGAGGAAACCAGGAGCAAUGGACAAACUGUAGUGGAGGAGAGGAGCCUGGUGGAUACUGUGUACAGUCUGAAAGAUGAAGUGCUGGAACUCAAACAGGACAACAAGAGGAUGAGGAGGACGCUGGAGGAGGAGCAGCGAGCGAGAAAGGAGCUGGAGAGGGUUGUCAGGAGAGUUCUGAAGAGCAUGAAUGACCCGACCUGGGAUGAGACUAACCUCUGAGGUCAAUAUGUAUCUGAUCAUCAUGGACGAGACCAAUUUUUUGACUUCUCAAUGACCAAAUGACCAAUGAACAGUUGUUCAACCUGUGUGGACAGUAACUGCCAACACUCCACGUCGCUGUUCAACAUGUCCUUGCCACUCGGACUUGCUCUGACCUUUACAGUGACCUGUGGACCAAGAGAAUAUAACCGCCUUGUAAUUUAGGCAUCAGUAAAUCCAUCCCAAAUGAUUGAUUAGCUGAGAAGCCAAAUUGUUCAAGUCAGUUUUAUAUUUAUAUUGGUAACAGCAGUUAUCGCGUGACACUUUUCAUUUGGAGCAGCAUAAUUUUUUAACUGAGUCCCCCGUGAGCCAGCAUUUGGCAAAAGUGACCAAAAGAAAUUGCCUUUUCGCAGGCAGAAACCUUAGAGCAGAGACUCUGGUGGGCGGCCAUCUCACUUGACCGGCUGGAAAAGCUGGUAGACACGAUGACUUCACUUCCUGUCAUACUCUUUUACUGUGUUUUCCCUUCCUUGGAGCGCUAACAAUCAAAACAAACUUUCUCAUUUACAUGUGUAUUUUUCAGUCCUCCCUUGUGCUUAUUUUCAUUAGGUUUAACAUUUUACCACCGGCCUGGUGCAUAAAUAAUGAAUGCUAUUGCGGCUUAUAUAUUUCAAUGAUCAAGAUUCAUUUAUGUAUAAUUUUACAACACCAGGGUUGCAGAGCUCGGCUGAAUUUGUGCUAUUUUACGCUUCAUCACAGAAACAACAACAAUGCUGUCUUGACUUUUCAAUGCUGUUUAUGGUAGCAGGGUGAACAGACUGUGGCUGGGGUGGCUGAUGUCUCUCAGUUGUCUUUGGCCUCUGUGCAGACAUCUUACUUCACCAGUUAUUACUGAUGUUUGGUAGAUAAAUACUAGUGAUCUGAGCUGUUUCAGUCACCCACUGUGGAGCCUUCCUGUUCUGGGCCAUGCACCGUGGCAGUUUCCCAUGAGGAUGCUUUCUAUUGCUCCGCUGUAAAAGUUGACGCAAAAUGUUUUUUAUACCAGGUGAUGAGUGACUGAAUGGCAGGCAGUGGAUAUGUCAUACUCUCCAGAUCUUUUGAUUCUGAAAGCAUACAUAUGAAGGUCAAGGCUGACUAGGAUGUUGUCUCAGAGACUGUCUUGGAGGGCUGCUGUAGUUUCUUCUAUCUGCACAACAGUUGAUGGUUUGGCCCUCCUCAGCUGGGAGUCAGUAGGCGGAAGAAGCAGGGAAAUGUGGACUAACAGCCGAAAGUGAAGAUGUGGGAGGUGUUGAAGCUGCCAGAAAUGUUUUUUUUAUAACUCGCCAAGGGUAUUUCUUCCCCUGGUGGGGAUCUGGACAUGCUGGUGGAAUUUAGGUUAAACAGUUCUCAAGUUGUUUCGUCAUGUUCCUGUACAAUUCCUGUAGUGCAUUUUUUGAGUCCGGACAACUACAGAGGAAUGUAAAUGGCAACAAUUUUAAAAAAAAAAGGUGAAUUCCCUGGGCAGAAAUUUGGUUGACAUCUUCAUUUAAAAAUUUGAUUGCUAUAAAAGCAGUAUACGUGAAUUUUUGAGAGGAUGAUUUUAAUGAAUUUAUUUUGGAACAAUACCAUCUAGAGAGUUUGUAACUACAGCUUUUAGUUAUGCUGAUUAAAUAUGCCAUGGUAUUUUUUUUUACCUUAACUUUAACUGCUUGCAUGGUAAUGCUUAAAUGAAUGGAAAGCAGCCUCUCACACUGCGCCUUUGACUUUAGACCAGCUUUUUGUUGGUCUCUGGUGCUGUCGCUUUCUGCUGCAUAAAGGUAGCAAUCCGCCAUCAGUGACCUGACCGCACCUCACUUUAAGACCAACAGGUGGGGGAAAAGUACAUGUGCUAUUUUUACGACGUGGCCGCCCAGACUUUGCAUUUUGGAGUCCUAGCUUGAACAGAUUAACAUGCAGAUAUUCAUAUACAGUCAUAGUGGCAACUAGAAUGACAUUUUUCUAUUCUAGAAAAUGUAAGAAUGUAGCCCCCGGCUACUUUGACGAACAUUAAUGAAAUACGGUGAACGUAUCUCUCACAUGUAGAUCUGCAUAAACAUCUCUCGGUGCCACUACCUCAGCCCAACAGGAUGUCAGACAUUUUCAAUUUAGGUUGCUCACCUGUGAAAUGAAAAGUUAUUUAGUGACCGUAACGGUAUUUCUAUAGCAAAAGCAAAUAUCUUGCUGUGAGCUGCAGUGUUUGCACAAGAUAUAUUAUUUUAUUUAAAAAAAUGUCACCAGAUUUUUUGACAGUACACCUGAAACCAGCAGAGUGAUGUGAUUUUUAUUUUUUCAGAAUUUUGUCACCAAUCGUAUAAUUUGAUCUGAGUCUUCUUCUUUUUGACCAUAUUGCUCUGCCUUCUGUUAAUGACCUUUUAUUGGCUGGGGGUGGAGUAUUGAGACCCCUCCAGCCCACUACCUCCCUCCGCCCCUUCUCCAUUUCUUGUUUCCCACUGAGUCAGACACAAAAGCCAUUUUUACAUCAGCCUUUAUACCUGCAACUACUACCUCUACUAACACUGAUAAUACUACUUACACUCCUACUACUACAGCUACUGAUAUUACUACUACUUUUAUUAUUAUUAUAACCCCUACUUAAGCCUAUACAACUAUAACUGUUACCUCUACCCAUACUACUUCUACUACUCCUACUACUUCUUCUGUUAGUAAUAUUACUAGUGCUACUACUACUAUCACUACUAGUGCUGCUACUGCUACUUUAGCAAUAGGACUCGCAGGUUUAGAUUUUUGAGACAAAUUUACUGCUUGUAGACAAUGAUCAUUGUAUGUUUCGCUCACUGUGAGCGUUGGCAGCAGAUGCAGCAAUCCCACGCAUUUUCAGUUUAUUUAAAACUCUUUGUUGGCAGCAUUUUUGUUUCACUUUCAGCUGUUACAUCAUCAGAUUUUUUUAUGAAAGAUAUCUUUAAAAUUCUAUUUUAUUAAAUGUGAUUGAUUCCAUUGCUUAUUUUCAAUAUAAUCAGGGCCCAAGCACUAAACGGUGACCCUAGCCCUAUUGAAAUGCAGAGAAUUAUUAUUCUAAGUAAACCACUUUUUGAGGCCCUUAAUGUGCACAUAAAUGUAUGGCUUUGGCCUAAAAUGACACCCCCAGGGACUAUUAUUCCUCUAUGUGUAUAAAAGUCAGUACACCGCACCGCAACCUAGACAACCUAGACCUAGAAUUAAGUGCUAUUUUUGGGUGAUUUGCACAUUUAUCGAACUCCUCCUGAGGCUUUAACCAGAUCAGUGUCAAAUUUUCACGGGCUAAUCUUAGUGAAUUUGAAAUGACAAGUUACUAAAAGCUUGAGUUUUCAUUGAAGUGCGUGGCCGUGGUGGCGCUGCACAAAUCGAUGAUUCACCUUUGCACGUUUGGUAACAUGCCCCAGUCACAGUGCUGACGUCUCGCAACUCUUGUGAAGUUAUCGUGUAAGAAAAAAGUGUUUGUAACUAUAUUAGCGGAGCCACUAUAUUAGCAGGGAUUCUUUGAUAGUACGACGGGGAUCAGGAAAAGCGCAUCAUUGGUUUAACUCACACCUUCGAGCUGGUAGCCCAGUUGUGGUGGGAAUGCAAAUCCCUGCCGCGCCGAGUCCAACCAAGUAGAGUGUGACAGGCAGAUGUAAUAGAAGAAAAGGCAUCUGACUGUCACACAGAUACCAUCACAGUUCAUUUUAGUUUUUAAGGUGCUAAAGACAAAAUCAACUGUAAAUGAAUCGCUGUCCUUUCUGUUUCUGGACCAAAGUUUGAGCAAUACAACACUGGAAAAAUGUUUUUUUUUUUUUUUUUGUAUUAUUCUAAUUUUUAUGAUGUCAAUACACAACUUCCUGUAGAAUGAUUCCUUUUUUUACUAUGUCCAAAAAACUGUUUUAAUUUGUAAAACGACUUGUUUCCUACUCAGCGUGGUCAAUCACACUUAGGAUGAUUUGUAAUAGAAACAUUUCUCAUGAGCAUCAAGAGACGUGCCUUGGGGGUAAAAACAUUUCCUUUUGGUAAAGCUAUUAAGUUCACCAACAAGUAAAAUAUGCCUGAAAUCAGAAACCACGCUAAUGUAAGCCAUAUAUGCCAAUUAUUGAUUCUAACUUGUGUAUUUAACUGAACGUAACUGUAAAUGUGACGUGUGUUCCAGUGUGAUGGUGAUGAUGGUCAUACCAGUAGUUAUUACCCUAGUUUAUUUAUUUCACCCGUUUGUCUGUGAAUAAAAGAGUCAAACUGUUGCA